AUGGCGUCAUCAGCAGGCAGUGAUCUUUUCAGGGCAUGGUUGGAUCAGGAGGUGAAGGCGGCACAGGGAGCGCAGGGUGCCACCGCCGCGGCAGCGAGUAGAAUUACAGAUGCAAUGAGGAAGAAUUUGGAGGGGGAAUGGAACAAAUUGAAGACUUCCUUGGAGAAGUCGGGGUCAGCGGAAAUAUCUGGUCUGUGUGGGGACGUAGAUGAACGUGUGCGGGUUGGGGGGGGUUCGGUGGUUGCAAGGAAGGAAUAUCUGAAGAAUAUAUGCAAAGGAAUUGCUGAAAUAAGAUAUUUCAUGAGUGGUGUCGAAACAAAGAGAUACACGGGAAUUAUGGGUAGAGGAACUGACGAGGAUGAGGAUCCCGUUAUUACGACCCUCGAUGGUGCUAAAGCUUAUCCUCGUUGUAUUGUGGGCAUGCUUGCGAUGUCCGAACUGUACGGGGAUCACUGCCAUUUGGAAGAAAUCAUACAACACAUAUCACCUGAAGUGCAGAGGAAGUUAGGGGGCACACACCAAACUAGGGGGGCAAAGUUGGAUGCCUGUGGGGACAUUAAAACCGAAGAUUUAAAGUUCGGCAGAACAGUUCUCCAUAAUGCAAUCAAGGAUUGGGUUAAGGGAGAGAGGGGAAAGGGAAAGAAGGAUGGAGUUAUGAGGGUGGGGUAUGUGUGGGGGUGGCGGGACGAGGUAUGUAGCCGCACAAGAAGGGAUCAGCCGCAUGUACAAGAACUGAGGAAGGAGAAUGCACAACAUAUGACAUCAUUCUUAGGCGUAGGCAAAGUCAAUGAUAGAAAAGCAAUAAUGGACGAAUUAAUGAAUGAUAAGGAAAUAAUAACAGUCCAGGACAUACAGAACGUAUUGCAAGAAUCUAUGAGUAAUGGUGGAACUGCGAACGUAGACACCAUAAUGAACAAAGUAGGGGAGAAAAUCAAGAAAAAUGAAGCUGAUGUAUGCAUGAAAGAAAAGAGCAAGUCAUUUUGUGAGCGCCUGAGAUGUGCAAAACAACAUUGGGAAUUGAACAACAAGCAGCAGGGAGAUUUCUGGAGCAACAACGUCGAGAAGAAGUUGGAAAAACUCAUCACCAGUACGACGGUAGACAAUGGUGGCACCGGAGGUGCCUAUUGCAAUGGCAAUUUUACGAAUAAUGCAAAUAAGGAAGCAUGCAAACACAUGGCAGCAUUGCUGCACGAAAUGUACGAAACUCAAAGUAGUGGCAAUGACAAAUAUUCUGAACAAAUUAUACAAUGUCUUUUAUUAAAAGCAUAUGCUAACAAAUUAAAAGAACAAGCAAAAAACAAAGGAUAUUGUGACAUAGAAAAAGGUUUAAAGAAAGCUUUCGAUCAAAGCAGUACCAUUAUGAAUACGUCAGGUCAAUGCCAAACUCCUAAUGACAAGACUUGUUUUGAAUGUAAAUGGGAGAAUGACGACACCACUAAGGACGGACUUGACAAUUGCACUAUUCCCAAUGGCCCCAGCCAAGAGAAAGUACUGGAGAAAGUGGUUAAACUGUUCAAAGAAAACAAACAAACGAAGGAGGACGAAGUACAUAAAACCUUAACUGAUUUUAAUAAUAAGAACCCCCUCUGUGAGCGUUUCCAAUGUUUAGCAGCUAAAGGACAAGAUCAAAAGGGCAACGACACAUUCUGGACGACGGAUGUUAAGGAAUUGUGGCAAGAAUUGUCACAAGCAAUGACGAAGACACAUGGCACAAGCAUAAACGGAGAAUGUAAUCAAAUGGAUGGUGGAAGAACACCCACCAACCCUGAAAGGAAGGCAUGCAAUUAUUUGAAUACCGGCUUCGAAGCACUGUACAAUACGACGACGACGCCGUCGUCGUCCGUCAACGGCAAACUUCUGUCCAACCCAUCGUUGAGACAAACGAUGGGUUGUUUCUUACUUCAUUCUUACGCAAAAUAUAUGAAGGACAGAGCUGUAUGUGAUAUUGAAAAGGGGAUACAGAAAGCUUUCACGUUAUGGGGAGACCCAAAUGAAAAAGCAUCUGAUACUUGCAAAGUUAAUGGCAAGGAACUUUGUGUUCCUUGCCAUUGGCAAGAAAGUGACGACAAAUGGGAGAACUGCUCCAUUAGCACAAGUGGCCAGAACACAACGGAGGUAAAGGACAAAUUGAAUGACAUCGUCAAGAAAGAAGACGAAGCUGUAAAGAAGGCAACGGAUGCCAUGAAUGAACUAACAUUAUGUGAGCGUGUCCAAUGUGUGGGGAAGAGAUGGUUGAAGGAGAUCAGAAAUAAGACCAGCGACCCCCUAACAGAAGCCGACUGGGACCAAGUGUGGGAAGAAGCCAAGAGUCAGCUGACGGAACUCUCAGGGGGGAUAGAGAAGAAUAAGAAGGAAACGGAAGUCACCAAACAUUGCAGUAUGGAUGAAAGCAAAGGAAAGGAGGCUUGCCUCCUUAUCGCAGCAGGAUUAAAAAGUCUCUACGACAUCCCUGUCAACGGCACCGAUCCUAACGAUGCCGUUAAGGCAUCGUUCCAAAGAACGAUGCGCUGUGUUCUAUUAAAUGCCAUUGCAGAUAAACUACAAGACGACAACUUUCCAUGUAGGGAUGAGAAGAAUGUAGCGGCAGGAAUAACGGCGGCUUUUAAGAAUAGUGAGACUAUUAUGGGUAAAGGUGACGGUUGCCAGAAUGGUAAUGUUACGUGUUUUAAAUGUGAUAGGGUAUCUUUAAAGGAUCUUACGAAUUGCAAGGUUGGCGAAAACAAAGAUAAGGAAUUAAAGAACAAAGUAGAAGAAGUGCUCAACGACGACAACUACGGUGCUAAGGAAGAAAUGAAGAAAAUUGAGGCCCAAGCUAUAAAGGACAUAUGUAAACCGUGUGAAGAGGACAAGAAUGGUGAAAAAUGUAAGCGCUUUGAGUGUAUUGUGAAGAAAUGGGAAGAAAGGAAUAAAACAAAAGUAAACGGAACGGUUACCUGGGAUGACAUGAAGGGUGACUUUGGAACAGAGUUAGAAUCACUCCUAAAUGACAUGAAGGACACUACAAAUCAGACCACCGCUGCGCUCCAUUGCAACAACACUAAUUGGAAGGAUAACGACGCCCAUGGCUUCGCUAAUAAAACUGCAUGCCAGCUUGUUGCACGAGGGCUGCAACAUAUAUCUAAAAUUCAGCUUGAAUAUAGUGAUACGGCCAAGCCCGGGACGGGUCAGGAUAAAGACCCUUAUGAUAAACAAGAGUAUAAACAAUUGGUUGCUUGUUUAAUGUUAAAAGCCGUCGUACAAAAAAUGAAAGAAGACAGCAAAAUUUGUGACAUAGACAUAGGGAUUAGUGCCGCCUUUGCAAAGGCAGGCAAAAUUAAAAGCGACCAUUGCAAGAAUGGUAAACCUUGCAUUGAGUGCAAGUUGACGGACGAAUUUGAUAAUUGCACCAUUGGUAAUGACAAAGUAAAGAACAAAUUGGAUUCAUUACUCACAGUAGAGAAAAAGACCAACGUCGACCAAACCUUGGAACCAAUAACUAAAACAAAAGGAAAUAUUGGCACCCUCUGUGACCGUCUCCAGUGCUUAGCAUCUCGAGUUCAGCUGACCCAGGGCAGGCAUAAUGCGGUAAGUAGAAUAAAAGGAGCAGGAAUAAAAAGAGAAGGAAUAGAAGUAAUAGAAAGAGAAGGAAUAAAAGGAAGAAAAAAAGAAAGAAAACUUCAGAUUCCGGGCAAACCGUGCGAGCAGGAUAAGGACAUAUGUAAUCGUCUUACAUGUGUAAUGGGCAAAUGGGAGAAGAAUAGGAGCCUCGCUGUCGGUAGUACUCCCUGGGAAAAAAGCGGAACACAACGAAAUCAACUGAAAGAUGACUUCAACUGGAGAUUAGGGGAACUCCUAGAUGGCAUGAGUAAAAAUCAGAAUGAUGUUUCUCAACACUGUACCAACGGCACUUGGGGCAAUGAUGCCCAUGGCAGGGCAAACGAGACCGCCUGUAAGCUUGUUGUAGCGGGGCUUCAACAUAUUUCGAGCAUUAAGCAUGAAUAUGACAGAACGAAGGAUGCAAACCCCUUUGACCACCAGGACAUUAGGCAAGUCCUCUCUUGUUUAUGGUUAAAGAGGAUCGUGGAGGAAAUGAAAAAAAGAAGUACAAUAUGCGAUAUAUCUAAAGGUAUUGAGGCAGGUUCUAAAGCAUGGAACGACAUUAAAAAAGCUCAUUGCACGAAGCAACCUUGUAUUGACUGCAAUUUGAACGACAUCAACUAUGGAACUUGCAAAAUUGGCAGUGACGAUGUCCAGGUUAAGGACAAAUUGGAACCAUUACUCACAGGGAGAGAAGACAAAGUCAAGACCGCUUUCACCCCAAUAACUACAACAGGGGGGAACGCCGGUCCAUCUCUCUGUGAUCGCUUACAAUGUUUAUCCUCUCGAGUUCACGCACUCGCUGCAUCUGAUGGACCACUCAAGAGCAGUGCGAAAACAUUUUGGAAGAAGGGUGGCGAAUUAGAGCAACUAUGGAAAGAAUUGUCACAAGCAAUGACCACAAAGGGCACAGGAGAUAAUGGGGAUUGUAGUAAAGUGGAUGGUGAUAGAACUCCCACUGAUCCUGAAAGGAAGGCAUGCAAUUAUUUGCAUGCCGGCUUAAAGCAUCUGUAUACGACGACGGCGAAGCCGUUGUCGUCGACAGGCGACAAUAAACUUUUGUCCAACCCACCGUUGAGACGGACAAUGGGUUGUUUCUUACUUCACGCUUAUGCAAAACAUAUGAAAGACAAAGCGAAUUGUUUAGUGGAAUCAGGAAUAAAAAGAGCUUUUGGUUCAUGGGAACCAAGUAAGAAGGUUAUUUGCAAUGGCCCCGAAUCAUGUGUCCCUUGCUAUUGGAAUGAAGGCGACUAUGACAACUGCCAAAUUACCAAAAAUGGCACCACCAAAGAUAAGACGCUAGCAAAGAACAAAUUAGAACAAGUUAAGGACAAAAUUACCGAAACCUCCACAGAGACCCUAACGAAUAUAAAUGAAAUGAAGAACUUAUGCGAUUAUAUUAAAUGUGCCGCACCCAGGUGGUUCAAAAACGGCAUGAAGGGUACUACUAACAAGACAUGGUGUGACUUUUGGGAUAAGGCUGUUAAAGAGGCACUGACCAAGAUGUUCGAUCAAAUCUCUCAGAAUGGAAAGGACAAAACUAAUUCUGCAUGCAAUGAUUUUGGUGAUGGUAAUGAACAUAGUGUUGAAAGAAAAGCUUGUAAUCAUAUCACGGCAGGACUAAAAUACAUUUCUGAAGCCGAAGGUGUCGCCAACGGCGGCACCCAGAUUGCAACUGCAAAGGCGGAUGACAAGUUUUUUAAACAAACUAUGAUGUGCGCAGCACUUAAUCUUUACGCAGAUAAAAUAAAAAAACAAACGGAGACAAGUUGUCCCAUUGGUGAGGACAAAAUAAGGGCAAUGUUUGAAGCAGGGAAUGGAAGUAAUACUACGUCUUCGACUUCGUGUCCAACUGGUGGUAGUGGUAAUAAUGUUUGUUUUACGUGUGAAAGGAAUGAAAAUUUUAGUUCUUGCAACCUCCUCGUUGAUAAAGACUUAAUUGCAACAGCAUCAUCAGGUGGAAGUUCACCCUGUAAUAAUAACGACAACGACAAAGACAAAGUCCCAAAACAAAUGAACAAUCUCCUCGAAGACAACUCCAUUAACACCAAAAUGGAACCAACAUUAAAGGAAAUAAAUGAAAUGACCACUUUCUGUACUCAACUCCAAUGUGCAGCAAGGAAAUGGAAUCUGGCGACAAAAGGCAAAAAGGAAACACCAUCUUGGAAUGACAUAAACACUGUCGUUGAAGAGGAAUUAAAGAAACUUCUAAAAAAAAUUACGAAUGAUGGGAAUUGGAAUGAAGUUGCCACAUACUGCACCGGCGACAUCGGUUCGUCGAAAGACGACACACCAGGAGAAAAAAAGGCAAAGCAAAAAGCUUGUAAGCUUUUUGCUUUAGGUUUAAAACACAUUUCUAAUAUAAACGAAGGUGACGAUGCUACCAAAUCACUUAAAAAAACUAUGAUGUGCGCAGCACUUAAUCUUUAUGCUGAUCAAUUAAUAGACAAAGCAAAUGAUCAAUGUCCCCUCGAUGGAACUAAAUUAAAAGAGGCAAUAAAAUACGCUUUUGAAGAAGGUAAUGCCACUAUGAAGAAUGGAGGAACUUCAUGCUCAGGGGGUAGUAAUGGUACUAAUUAUUGUUUUGUUUGCAAAAGACAUGACAAUUUUCCCAAUUGUCAAAUUGGCAACAAUCCCAAUGACAAAGUAAAGGAUAAAAUGACCAUUCUCCUCAACAACGAAGACCAAUCCAACACCGCAUCCAACAACAACCAGGAAAAAACACUAGAGAAAAUAAAUAAAAUAGAAUUAUUUUGUACUCAAGUCCAAUGUGCUAUAAAACAAAAGCUAAGGAGCCAACAUAAACUUCAAAAUGGAAUACCAUCUUGGAGCGACAUCGACAGUGACGCCAAAGGCGUAUUAGCGCAACUUCUAGAACAAAUGGUGCAGGGUAGAAAUCAGGCUGCAGUUAACCAAUACUGCAAUGACGAAGCUAAAUGGAGUACAUUCGGCCAUAAAGGAAAACAUACAAAUAAAGAAGCUUGUUUACUUUUUGCUGCAGGAUUAGAGCACAUUUAUACUCAUGGUAAUGGCCACACGAUGGGCCAGUUUAAGGGCCCAUCGUUUGAACAAACGAUGGGUUGUUUAUUUCUAAAAGAAUAUGCAGAACAAUUAAAAAAAAUGGCAGAAAUACAAAAAAAGUAUAAGGUACAUCCUGAUUGUAGCGUACAUUCGGGCAUAGAACAUGCUUUUGGUAAAAGUAAAGACAUUAUGAAGAAUGUAUUAUCUAAAUGCAUCAAUGGUACUAAUGGUAUUUCUUGUUUUGAAUGCAAAAUUGACCAAGAUUAUGAUGAUUGCUCCAUUAGCAAUGACAACGUAGGGAGCGAAGUUAAUAAAUUGUUCGAGGACAAACAGAACAAAGACCAUAUGGAAGAAACAUUAUCGAAUACAGUCUGUCCCAUCCUUCUUACGGAUAUCCUUACCCCUUUUCUUCCUUUGGCUCCUGUCUCUAUUGGCCUUUCUGCUAUGGCUUAUUACCUUUGGAAGUAUUUUGGUCCUCUUGGUAAAGGAGGAGGACGUUUCCGAAGAUCUCCUGUUGAAAUUCCUGGUCCAUCAGUACAGGAACAAGUCCUCGAUCAUGUGGAAGAAGCUGGUCCACAUGAAUAUCGAUUGGUGAAGGAACGAAAACGGCGUUCUGCUCCAACGAGAACGAAACGUUCUGGUCGCGUGAAUCGUCGCACGAUUAUUGAAAUUCAUUUUGAAGUGUUGGACGAAUGUCAAAAAGGGGACACACAAUCGAACCAGAAGGAUUUUCUGGAACUUCUGGUUCAAGAAUUCAUGGGAAGCGAAUUUAUGGAAGAAGAACAGGUUCUUAAGGAAGAGGUUCUUAUGGAAGAGGUUCUUAUGGAAGAGGUUCCUAUGGAACGUGUUCCUAUUGAAGAGGUUCCAAGUUUAGGUUCCGUGUUUAUGGUUUAG